CCCUCUAUUUGUUAAUUUAGUCAAGUGUUAUUCUUGCUGUUAGUAGUAUAUUGAGCGUAAAUCGUGAGGACAGGGAUUCGAAAAUGAAGCGAACAUCAAUGUUGGGAGGAGUGGCAGGUCGCCACAUGUCAAGGAGGAGAGGAUCCUCUCCAGCCAUCAAGUGGGAGGAUGGAGCCGUACCAGUCAGCAGAUACGCGAGAAGGCGAAGAGCGGCAGUUACCACUUCGGAUCAUAAGAGCUGCGCCCUUAUACAAACCCGCCUUAAAAUUGGAGAUAUCAUGUUGGCCGCCGCCCAGGAGGCAGCAGUUAUACAGGCAGCUCAGGGCUCAGCUUCGGGCCGACACUUCGCAGGGGCGGGGGGCACCUUCUUGGGCGGGGCGCUGUGCAGCUCGUCAGCUGACGCGAUGGGCGGCCAGCAGGCCCCCCACCCAGGCGGCUCCUCAUCGCUCUUUCUCUUCUCCGAAGAGAACAUCAUCAGAAGAUAUACCAGAUUCAUCAUCGAGUGGCCUCCUUUUGAGUAUGCUGUACUUUUGACAAUCAUUGCCAACUGCGUCGUCCUAGCACUGGAAGAGCAUCUGCCUAGUGCCGAUAAAACCUCGUUAGCACAAAAACUAGAAAAAACUGAAGUCUAUUUCCUGGGCAUAUUCUGUGUGGAGGCUUCCUUGAAGAUUCUAGCCUUAGGCUUCGUUUUGCAUCGGGGCUCAUACUUGCGAAACAUCUGGAACAUCAUGGAUUUCUUCGUGGUGCUUACCGGGUUUCUCACUCAGUUCCCAGAAGAUUUAGUAGCCGUCGACCUACGCACCUUGCGAGCUAUCAGAGUACUUAGACCUUUGAAGCUAGUCUCUGGCAUCCCUAGUUUGCAAGUGGUGCUGAAGUCGAUUAUCAAGGCUAUGGCCCCGCUGCUCCAAAUAGGAUUAUUAGUUUUAUUCGCCAUUGUGAUAUUCGCCAUUAUUGGACUGGAGUUUUACUCGGGAGCCUUGCACAGAACCUGCUAUAGUCUGUACGAUAUCGAGGAAAUCGUGCGCGAAAAUGAGGAGGAAGUGCCAUGUAACACCGACAAUGAAACUGAAGCUAAGUCGCAAGGGAGCAAUUGGUGCCGGGAUGGAAGCAGCGUUUGCUUGGAACGAUGGCAAGGUCCCAAUAAUGGAAUCACAUCCUUCGAUAAUAUCGGAUUUGCCAUGCUGACGGUGUUCCAAUGCAUCACCAUGGAAGGAUGGACCUCUAUUUUGUAUUGGAUGAACGACGCAGUUGGCAGCUACUACAACUGGAUGUACUUUGUGCCUCUUAUAGUUCUCGGAUCAUUUUUUAUGUUAAACUUAGUCCUCGGUGUCCUCAGCGGCGAAUUUGCCAAGGAGCGAGAAAAAGUAGAAAAUAGGCAAGAGUUUUUAAAGCUAAGGCGAGCAGCCCAAUUAGAGAGGGAGCUAAAUGGGUAUGUGCAAUGGAUUUGCAAGGCUGAGGAAGUGAUACUUGCUGAGGAGCGAACCACCGAAGAGGAGAAGAUGCACAUAAUGGAGGCGAGACGGAGGGCGGCAAAGAAGAAAAAGCUGAAGAAGAUCGGAAAAAGCAAAAGCACCGACACUGAGGAGGAACAAGAGGAGGAAGAUGUUGCCGAUGAUGAAUCUAACAAAAAGCUAAAAGCAGGCUUUGGCCGAUCCGGCUACAUGAAAUCCAGAGCGAAAGGACAUGGAGCCUGUGCGCGCUUCUGGAGAGCUGAGAAGAGAUUUCGAUUCAGUAUACGACACAUGGUGAAAACGCAAUGGUUUUACUGGACGGUCAUCAUGCUGGUAUUCUUCAAUACGUUUUGCGUGGCAGUCGAAUACCAUGGCCAGCCGAAGUGGCUUGACGAUUUUUUAUACUAUGCCGAGUACGUUUUCCUAGGACUGUUCAUGUCUGAAAUGUUCGUGAAAAUGUACGCACUUGGACCAAGAAUCUACUUCGAGUCAGCUUUCAACCGAUUCGAUUGCGUGGUGAUCUCAGGGUCGAUUUUCGAAGUGAUCUGGAGUGCCGUCAAGGGCGGUUCUUUCGGUCUGUCGGUCCUCAGGGCUCUGAGAUUGCUCAGAAUAUUCAAGGUGACCAAAUACUGGUCGUCGCUGCGCAAUCUAGUGAUAUCGCUGCUAAACUCGAUGCGAUCCAUCAUUUCCCUGUUGUUCCUGCUCUUCUUGUUCAUCCUGAUCUUCGCCCUAUUGGGAAUGCAACUGUUUGGAGGACAAUUCAACUUCGAUGGUGGCACUCCGCCCGCCAACUUUAACACUUUUCCCAUUGCGCUAUUGACAGUUUUCCAGAUCCUCACUGGUGAGGAUUGGAACGAGGUGAUGUACAAUGGGAUCAAUGCUUUGGGCGGGCCGAACAGUGGCGGCAUGGUGUAUUCGCUCUAUUUCAUCAUUCUCAUGUUGUUCGGAAACUACACCUUGCUGAACGUGUUCUUGGCCAUCGCCGUUGACAACUUGGCAAAUGCUCAAGAACUCACCGCUGCUGAAGAGGAACAAGCUGAAGAAAACAAGGAGAAACAGGCUCUAGAGCUGGAGAAGGAAAUGGAGGCCCUCCAGAUGGAAGGAAGCAAUCCUCGAGUGGAGGUGUGCCCCCCUAGUCCAAUCACGACCAGACGGAAAAAGAAGGAGGAAAAGCCGGUGGAUGAUGACGAGGAAAUCGUCGGGCCAAAACCUAUGCUGCCAUAUUCUAGCAUGUUUAUUUUGUCGUCCACCAAUCCCAUUCGGCGUGGCGCUCACUGGGUGGUAAACCUGCGCUAUUUCGACUUUUUCAUCAUGGUGGUGAUUUGCAUGAGUUCGGCAGCCCUGGCAGCUGAAGAUCCAGUGGAUGAAAAGUCGUUCCGCAACAACGUGCUCGAUAAGUUCGACUACGCUUUUACGGGGGUGUUUGCGGUUGAAAUGUUCCUCAAAGUGAUCGAUUUGGGAGUGAUUCUGCACCCCGGCUCCUAUUUGAGGGAGUUUUGGAACGUCAUGGAUGCAGUCGUGGUGGUUUGUGCCUUGGUAUCCAUGGGCUUCGACUUCAUGGGUGGAGGUGGAGCGGCAGGUGCCAACCUUUCAACAAUAAAGUCCCUCAGAGUGCUACGCGUAUUGCGGCCGUUAAAGACCAUUAAAAGAGUGCCGAAGUUGAAAGCGGUCUUCGAUUGUUUGGUGAACUCUUUGAAAAACGUCAUCAACAUUCUCAUCGUUUACAUAUUGUUCCAAUUCAUCUUUGCCGUUAUCGCUGUUCAGCUGUUCAAUGGCAAGUUCUUCUUCUGCACGGAUGGCAGCAAAAUCACCGAAGCCACUUGCCAGGGGCAAUAUUUCGUUUACGAGGAGAACAGCGACGUCCCAAAGGUGGAGGAUCGCAAGUGGCAGCAGCAAAAGUUCCACUACGACGAUGUUGCGAUGGCGAUGCUCACCUUGUUUGCUGUGCAGACUGGAGAAGGAUGGCCUACAGUGUUACAAAACUCAAUGGCAGCCACCUACAGCGACCAAGGACCGAUCCAGAACUUUAGAAUCGAAAUGUCCAUAUUCUACAUCGUCUACUUCGUCGUGUUUCCGUUCUUCUUCGUCAACAUCUUCGUGGCCUUGAUCAUCAUCACGUUUCAAGAGCAGGGCGAGGCCGAGCUGCAAAGUGGAGAAAUCGACAAAAACCAGAAGUCCUGUAUAGAUUUUUGCAUCCAAGCCAGACCACUGGAGAGAUACAUGCCGAGCAAACGGAGCAGUCUCAAGUACAAAAUUUGGAGAUUAGUCGUUUCGUCGCCGUUUGAGUAUUUUAUAAUGACGCUCAUUGUUUUGAACACUUUGCUAUUGAUGAUGAAGUACCAUCAAUCCCCAUCGCUUCUCUCGGAAGCACUGGCCUUAAUGAACAUAGUUUUUACGUUCUUUUUUCUGUGCGAGACCAUCUUGAAGCUAAUCGCAUUCGGAUUGAAGAAUUUCUUCAAAGAUCCGUGGAACACGUUCGACUUUGUCACCGUGAUUGGCAGCAUAGUGGACGCAAUGGUUGUGGAAUUCGGCGAACGAGCUGAGCGAAUGACAAAAGACAGGACAAAAGAGCUAGAUGUUCCCGCCCUUAUUGGAAAAUGGUUGAAGGACAACUUCAUCAACGUCGGUUUUCUCAGGCUUUUCCGGGCUGCCCGAUUAAUCAAACUGCUGCGACAAGGAUACACCAUUCGCAUUCUGCUAUGGACUUUUGUCCAGAGCUUUAAAGCUCUUCCAUACGUUUGUCUUCUAAUUGCAAUGUUGUUUUUCAUUUACGCCAUCAUCGGCAUGCAGGUUUUUGGCAACAUCAAGCUGCCCAGUGAAUCGAUCAAUCGGCACAACAAUUUCCGGAAUUUCAUCCAGGGCUUGAUGCUGCUGUUUCGGUGUGCAACAGGGGAAAACUGGCCCAGCAUCAUGCUGUCCUGCAUCAAAGGGCAGGAAUGCGAUACGAACACCGGGAAAAUUGGCAAAGAAUGCGGCUCCAACCUGGCUUACAUGUACUUUGUCUCUUUCAUUUUCUUCUGUUCGUUUCUUAUGCUCAAUUUGUUCGUUGCCGUUAUUAUGGACAACUUCGACUACCUGACGAGAGAUUCCUCCAUUUUGGGGGCGCACCAUUUGGACGAGUUUGUGCGAAUUUGGGCGGAAUACGACCCGAAUGCAACGGGAAGAAUACACUUCACGGAAAUGUACGACAUGCUGAAGAACAUGGACCCGCCCUUGGGGUUUGGCAACAAGUGCCCGAAUCGAUUGGCCUACAAGAAGUUGAUUCGCAUGAAUAUGCCGGUGGACGAUGAGGGAAAAGUCUACUUCACCACCACGCUGUUUGCGUUGAUCAGGGAGAACUUGGCGAUCAAAAUGCGGCCAGCUGAAGAGAUGGAUCAGGCCGAUGAUGAACUUCGCGAGACAAUCAAGAACAUUUGGCCGCUGCAGGCCAAAAAUAUGGUGAAUAUUUUGGUGCCGCCAACCAGCGAUCUGAAUCAAUUGAAACUGACUGUGGGUAAAAUUUAUGGAGGUCUUCUGAUAUUGGAGAGUUGGAGGAGCACACGCUUUGGCCAACUGGAACCGACUGGGAUACCGGGAUUUGGAAAUAGCCCAUCUGCAAAUAUUGCGAAAGCAUCAUUUUUCGAUUGUCUCAUGGAUACGAUGGCGGGACAUCUUGGGGGCUCCCGAACUGGCUCCAUAAGCCUUGAAGGGGCGCCCCUUAUGGGCGGACAGGAGCAUUCUGAUCAGCACCAUCAUGAAGAGAGAUCGUUAAUUUCGUUGGCACGACGCAACACCAAGAGGAAUCGAUCUAUACGGAACAAAAAGAUGACGGAGUUGGCGGAUGUCCUCGGCUCGCGGAGACCUUCGUGUGACAGCACAACUGAUCAACCUCAACAUCUCCAUCCUUCUGGUUAUGGAAACUCUCAUGGAAGAAGCCCCAGCAUCAGAAGAGAUCAUUCUCCUUCACUUCAGCGUAGUCCUUCACCAAGAAAACGGCACCAGGGCCAGUUGCACCACGACAUCGGAUUCUCGGAUACCGUAGUGGAGAUUGUGAAAAACGAACAUCAGAGGCAUUCUUCAAAGCGAUUACCCAGAGGUUCAUGGUCGGCAUCGACAAGUCCCGCCCGAUCCCCAUCGCCCACCAACGGCUUCGGCCGCUAUAAUUCCCGUUACGGCAUUUUGAGGGGCUCGAAACGGGGCGCCCCUUAUGGAACCACCAGUUUAUGUCAGCGGUCGCGAUCGCCUAGUCCGAACCAUCGCGCCCAAACGCACCAUCAGGGCCCACCCUUCAUUGCCGGUGCUGUGGUAGGUAUCCCCAUGCAACACAGCGCCGCCCAUCAGGGUUCAGUGCAGCACAGCCACCCGGUGCUGGGCGGUCGAAGGGGCCAAGGAAGGCGACUGCCGCCCACCCCAUCCAAACCGUCCACAUUGCAGCUGAAACCUGGGACCAUCAAUUUUCCGAAACUGAACGCCAGCCCUACCCAUAUACAGUCUCAUUCGGCGCACGCAACACCCCACUCGUAUCCGCACAGUUUCCCUAGGGACAGGGAGCCCCUUAGGGAAUUCGUGAUGCCGACCCCGAUGACUGCGCCACUGGCCGGACCCCCGAAUGCGCACACUCGAAACGCGCCCGGGGAAAACCCGCAGGCGCCGCUCAGUUUCGAGCAGGCAGUGCAACUGGGUCGGGGGGGCCGCAUGCUACCCAGCCCCGUGCCGAAUGGCUACAAACCCAAACCAACACAGUCUCGUCACUCGGACUCAGACGACGACGAUUGGUGCUAGCAGAAACUGAACACUCUCUAAGAGUAAACAUAUUCGUACGCAAUCGUGUUUCUUUGUUCCGUUUUUCUUUAACAUUGAGUGCGUGAAUAGUUAAUAAUGCAAAAAACAAAGUGGAACUGUUUAAAAAUUCAGUUGAAAGUGUGCUACUCAAGUGGUGCCGUGUUGUUGCCGGCUACAGCCAGCAGGAGCUUGCUGUAGAUCAGCCCGUUAAGGAAAGUUGUUUUAGCCAAUUUUAUGUUCAACAAUUCCUUGCUUUACCGAGUCGGGGAUCUGCGGAUGGGAUCGUGAACAAACUUCUAGAAAUCGAUUUAAAAAACCACUGUUUUUCGGCCAAGGAAUUGAACCAACGCCUUAAAGGCGACUAAACUGAAAGACGUUUUUUUUAUUUCGGAGUUCCAAAAUGUUCUUUUCGCGUAUCGACAGAAUGGAAGUGAAGGAUUCGCCAAAUGCAUUUCGCAUCCAGCUGAAGUCGUUGUGCUUGAUUUCCGUUAAAUGUUUAAGCUUACAAGAUGGAGCAACCGACUGUUUUCAAUAAUUGUAAUCAUUUGUUAGUUGUUUCAUGUUGCUGUUAUAUUGUUAAAAAUCUAUCGUAUGUACGUCUAUUAAGUUGCUCAGAUAUACUGGUUAAGUUUUGCCUGUUUGCUUAGUGAAGUUGGCUUCGAAUAAUUAGCUAAUUGCACGGAACCAGCAAGGUUUUUGGCAAGUGGCAGAGGUUGAACAGUCUGUAUGACAACUUCUAACAAGUCCAAACAAACCAUUCAAUCUUUCCAUUGUCUUCCACUUGUAAACCAAUCUUGCUGCCUUGAUUUAAAAAAGAUCCCGUGACGAACAAGCUGGAAACUCUCUGGGUGUUUUUCUAGUAAACUUCCAUCAACCUCCUGCCCUGAGCAGCAUUUUAUUGCUUGCAGCCAACUUCGCUUGAAGUGUAUUAUUCAUUUUUGUUAACUGUUGCACUGUGAAGAUAUUUAUUUACACCGAAGACCGUUUUAGACGCAUCUGUACCUACUUUCAACCCGUUUUUUGAGCACCCCGUGAGCUUGAGCGCCGUACAGAUCCGUGUAGAACCGCUGUUUAAAUUACCCACUUAGAUCUAGCUAUGUUUUGUGAUAUAGAUAUAAAUACAGCACCUUUGCCCCACCAUAUAAAAAUAACAAACGAUUAGGAAAGGUUGGGUUAUUCUAAACAAAAACGGAGCGAAACAUUGCAAAGACAGUUUGAAAUUUUUGACUACUGCCAAUCUAUUGAACUUAUUACUUACAUAGAAAAAUGGCACUAUUUUGUCAUAUAAUUAAUCGGAUAUAGGUUGGGUUGUUGCGGCAAAUCAAUAGGAAUUCUUAGACUUGUAGGGUGCAACCAGAUUUAGCAACCGACUUGUAUCUUUUCCGAUGCGGUAGGGGUUUUUUCCAAUCGUGCCAAUGUUGUUCAUAUUUCACUUUUCUAUUACGGUUCAAAUGGACUAUUGAUUUUUUUAGGGUUCACGUUCAGGACCUGCACUUGUAAAAACUCAACAACACUUAAUUAUCAUGCCAACUGUGGCAUUUUGAUUCAAUCAAAGUGCCUCAAUCGAUGCGAAUGAUCACUGAAAGACUUUCUACUUUAAAUUGGAGAGUUCGAUUUGAAAAACCGCGUUUCUGAGGUUCGUAGUUGUGUGUAAAUGAAAUAAUUAUUUGGGGCCAAGUACUCUUAAUUACCCUUAGGUUGUUGCUAAAAACCCCCGCCCUAUAGCUGAAUAUUCCUGUACAUAACUCCUAAUAAUAGUAUUUCGAAUUUAAACACUUAAUCGUUGAAUUGGCCGGAACGGGCUCUUCUUCUACCACUAUGCAGUAAUCGAAAUAAAUAAACACCGAGACGAGUCCCUUCUGGCCCCAAAAAAUACCAAGUUAUGACUCUGAAUAUAAAUACUUACAUAUAAUUCUUCCCUAAGUGCUUUAUACCACUAUAAAAUGGAAAAAUAUAUUGUAACCAAUAAAAUAAAUUAUUCUUUUUUACGUUACAUUGUCUCUGUAUAAAAUUUGAGGCAACACUUGAACAAAAUCACUCUUAGAGUCAAUCUUUCUCUACUUCAGUUCAGCCUCUAGAGUGACUUUUUCAAUCCCACUGUUAAAGUUACCUAUAUACAUUUGUUCUGUGAUAUGAAAAUAAGUGUAAAACAAAUACAAAACACGUUUUUCCACUUUGUUUCUUCUAGGACUUGAGAUUCUCAAUCAGUUCAGUUCAUUGUUUUGAAUAGAAUUUUCACCAUGCAUUGAUAAAAGCUAAAUUUUUAAUCUGUAAUUUUCAUAAUUUCUACCGAUUUUUCUCAUUCAUCUCUAGUUUCCAUCCGCUUCGCUUUCGAAGUUUAAAAUAUGCCCACUGUGUACUUAGAUCAUUUCUUUACCCAGCUUUUUUUAGUAGAGUUUCUGGGGAAAAAUCCCGUUCGCCCAAAAAAACUUGCAGGAAAAGCAUCAUCUACACAGUGAGCACAUUUUCAGCUCCAAAUUCCCGGAACAUGGAGACUAGAAAAUUUCGAAAAUCUGCUACUGAUUGAACCCAACAGACUCAUUUUUCCACAUAAUUUCCUUUCGCAACGCAUUCAGCAGCUCUAAAGCGUUUUCUGUUGUUAACAAAGUCCUGCUCCGUUAAAUGUUGUUGUCUUUCGAAAAAAAACUGUGUGAAAGUUGUUCUCAUGUUGUUAUUAAAUAACAAAUCAAGUAUUGUCGUUGACAAAACAUUUCUAAAUAACUGUUAAAAUAGACAAACACUCUCAAUGUACUCACUACACGCUCUUUCCUUUUCGACCCACUAGUUUGUAACUGAAACGAAAGAAAAAAUUGCCGACCUGUCCAUGUAGAUAAGUAGUCCACUUUCUGGUUAAAUUUAUCAAUAAAUAUCCGGUUGGUGAUUUUUUUUCAUUGAAAAAAAAAUAAUGCCAACUUAACAAAAUGAUGCGGGUAUACCUGAUUUCUAUUAAAGCUAUGCUUAAGAUAUGUAUAAAGGUUUGCGAUGGACGAAUGUAGCGCCCGAAAAUCUUUCAUUUUUUUCGUUAAGGAGUUAUUUAAAUAAUGUCCAGUUUUUGUAUCCAUUACUAUGUAAAAUAAUGUCCAAAUAUGCCUAAGAGAUUCUGCCUUAGAGAUGUUUGGGAAAUUUCAGAAAAUCCACCAUUUUUCCCUCCCCGAAGUAUUAUUAUCUAUUAUCGUUACAUAGUCUAGACAGUAAAUUUAGGCAAUUUAGGAACUUAAAUGCAAACGUUGACCAUGCGUUUUCAAUAGUUUGGCACCGAAAAAAUCUGGUGCGAUUGAUUUGUUUACAAUUGUUAAUGAAUAAUUAAUUAUUAGUUAAGUAAGUUCGAUUAAAUAGCUAUUGGAAUGCAUGGUCAGCCCAGUACUGUUGGUGGAAAGUGUUUUCUUGAAAUUUCUACUGUGAGGCGCAGAAUGUUGCAUCCCUCGUGAUUUAAACAAACAUUAAGUUAAUGAACAUUUGUUGUAUUUAAUUAUUUAGGAAAUUUUGCAUUAGUGUUAAUGAUAAUGAUAUCGCUUUUGAAGCAUUUUUUUAAAGAAAUUGUGAAUAAAUAAUAAUAUUCUAAU